GCCCUACCUCCACCUGGUGUCAACCCACCAAUGACGUGACUGAUUGAACGUGUUAUCAACAUUCCCACAGGUACAUAAAGUUAGUGUACACCGCUCGUUUACCUGUUACAAGACUCCAGUCUACCAAACCAGCACUGUCGAGAGGGGCUACUAGUUGGUAAGUUACGUGGAUACUUUAUCAUAAUUCCUAACUUUCAACGAAGACAAUUUUAUUUAUUGAAUUAUCUUUGUAAAGGAGCCGCGUUAAUUUACAUGAUGCUUAGAAUUGCAGUUACAUAUAUGUUGUAUUUAUUCAUAUAUUUCUGUUACAACUUUUAACAAAAUCUUUAGAAAUACUAAUAUAUAUUUAUAUAUAUUGUAUAGAAACUUGGUUCGUCUCCGUUCUACCGUCGAUCUCUAUUUCGUUUUGUGGAUGAUACCACUUGCUUCAACUGUCACUCGUCAUUCAACAUACGAGUAAUUGAAAACUGGAUGACGAUGGUUGCAGUCGUUCACCUUGUAUUUGUCUCCGACAUGGAAUUCACUUUCUCUUUCUCUCACUCCUGACCCGCUGAGUUCUCCCUUUGUUAGUCCCGCGUCACCUAGAGAUUCCUUCCUAGGGCUUCCUACAUCUCAGGUACACAAAUUUUCCCUCCGUCUAAAUGGUCAUAAACCAGCACCGUAACGGUCGUCCCGGUGCAAUCUGAUACGUUGGAACCUUGGGUCAGUUGGUCGGUUACUGUGCUGUGGGAUCCCACCCAACACCCCUGUAUCACACCCCUGUACCACCCAGGUCUGGACUCUCCACAAUAUAUAUAUAUAUAUUAUAUAUUUGUUUUUUAUUCUAAGUACUUUAAUGGUGUAUACUUUAUACAGACAAUACAGUGGUCUUAUAUUAUAAAAUAUUAAUACUAAAGAAGAUAUUUGUUAUGGUUAAUUUCUGGAUUUUCUUUUGUCUGACAGAAAAAAAGACAAAGAAUUUUCGUGUCAGACGAUAGUCACCAUGGGGGUCAAAUUGCAUUGGACACUGGCUCUUUUCGUUAUUAUCUACACAUCACAAUCUCAAGGUAUCACGUGCUAGAGUUAUUAGUGAUUUACAAAACAGGAUGUUCGUCAUCAAAUAAGAACGUCAUAAAUUUUCAUUUAAGAAAUGACUUGCGUUGAAUAACUCAUCGUGCUAGAAUCAAGCAAUUUUACGACAAUCUUCAUCUCUCGAUGUUAUAUCCAUAAAAAAUAACAUUUAAUAAAAAAAAAAUCAAAGUAAGCUAUGCAUCAAGUAGGACAAUUUCAAUUGAAUGUUUGAGUGGUUGCUGUCUUUUGAACUGUAAUCAUGUUAAUUUGAAAUACAUUUUUAUAACUCAAUAAACCUAUGCAUACCCCAUUGAUUAGUGAUCUUGCUGGCUGCCGUCCAUACUUUGCCUUGUAAAAGUUAUGUAGUAGGGUGGGUGAAUAUAAAUUGCUGUUCUUUAUUUUAUAAUGUAUUUUAUUUUAAUGUAAUGAUUAUGUCUCUUUUGAUAAAAUUUUUAUGUACAGCGCGGUGAGCCCAGCCCUAGGCUGGGGUACCGCGCUAUAUAAGACCUCUUAUUAUUAUUAUUAAUGAAUCUGGACAAUUUCAUAACCUUUUCUAUUUAUAUGUCUGCCUAAGCUAGUAGCAUAUAACACUUUCUUUUUGUUAAAAAUAUUUUACCAUUUUGGGGUUUUAAACCCUUGUAAUAUUAAAUACUUUUACUUGUUUAAAAUAAAGCUUUAAAAAAAUUUCAGCAAUCUAAAAAGCGAAACAAGACCAUUCAAAACAAUUCUUGAAUCUAACAAAAGAUGGAUGAAUUGUUUCAAUUUAUUUUUUAAAAAGUACUCGCAGUAACAUUUCUUAAUUAUACUGUAAUACUGUUCGCCUUUUUUUUUUAAAGAUCAACAAUUCUUGCGAAACAAAAAUACAAAUUUAUUUUACAAGUUGAAUUAAAUUGUGGUUCUUUUUGUCUUUUUAUUUUAUUUAAAACAAUUAUUAUGAUUUUAAAAAAACCCAGGUAAAUUGACCAAAGAAAGGAUAACAAAGCUAAGCCUCACAGGGGGAAUGCGAUCCCCGUUAGGAUACAGAGGUCGUGUUAUCAUUCAAAUCAACAAUGAGGACGUCGACGGAGCCAUAUGUGGGACAUGGACCAGACAAGACGCCAUUGUAGUAUGCAGGAUGUUGGGCUACAAGUCAGUAGACAUAUAUUUAUGUCCCAUCAUGGCUCUCUACCCAUGGCUAUAUUUUACCAUGGCUCCCUCAUCAUGGCUAUCUUACUAUGGCUCUCUGGCCAUGAUUGUUUUACCAUGGCUCUCUAGCCAUGACUCUCUAAACAUGGCGCUUUCACCAUUAAUCUCUUAUCAUGUCUAUGUUACCAUGUAUCUCUCAUUAUGGCCUUUUAACAAUGGCUUUUUUUAUCAUGGCUUACUAGAUGGCUCUCUAACCAUGCCUCUUUCAUUAUGGCUCCCUCAUUAUGGCUGUCUUUCCAUGGCUCUCUCAAAAUGUCCCUGUCACCAUGACUCUCUUUUCAUGGCUCUAUAGCCAUGGCUAUCUCAUCAUCGCUCUCUCACCAUUAAAAGUUAUGAAAAACCUUUAUCUUCACUCGUUAGACAAUUAUUUAGACUCGAUUGAUUGGCACAACCUGUGAUUUAAAUAAAACUUAAAAUUGUUGACUGCUUAAAAUUUAGGAUCUUAAAACCGUUAAUUACAAAAAAUAUAUAUUUCAACGACUUAUUAAUUCCCCAGUUUUAUUAUUACUUUUUAUCAGUCGAGUCUUCUAAUUAUUACUUAAUACUCAAGUCUUCUAAAUACUACUUAAUACUCGAGUCUUCUAAUAAUUACUUUAUUAUCGAAUACUCUAAUUAACACUCUAAUAUUUAACACUCGAGUCCCAAUUAUUACUUAAUGCUCGAAUCUUCUGAUUAUUACUUAAUAUUCGAAUCUUCUAAUUACUAGUUAACACUCGAGUAUUCUAAAUACUAAUUAAUACUCGAGUCUUCUAAUUAUUACUUUAUUAUGGAAUACUUUAAUUGAUAUUUAAUACUCGAGUCCUAAUUAUUACUUAAUACUCGAAUCUCCUAAUUACUACUUAGCAUUCCAGUCUUCGAAUUAUUACUUAAUUAUCUACUCUUCUAAUUAAUAACCUUUUUUUUAAGUGAUGGCAACAACGAACAAAGUGACGGUCUAAUCCCACCUGAAAAUCAUAAUUUUCGUAUGAGUAAUGUGAGAUGUACUGGUCAGGAGACAUCACUCUUUAGUUGUCCUAGGGAUCCCAUUGUUAACUGCAUAUACGACGUAAGUUUUUAUAACAUUUAGAUUGAUCUCACUUGAAUAGUUUCGGUAAAAACAUACUUUCACUAGAGGAAUCUCUCUAGAUGGGCUUAGGUACCAAACACAACUUCUUUAGAGGAAACUCACUAGAUUAGCUUUUGAACCAAUCACAUCUUCUACAGAAGAAGAAAUAUAACAAUUGAUGAUGUUUAAAAAAUACAUUGACUGUAAAUUUGUUGACGGGCUUCUGAUAAGAUUCAGAUUUUAAUUUGGAUGGUAUAAGUAAACCUAUCUUUUAUAGUUGUAAUGACUUAUUUUGAGCUGUGCUUCAGGGGGGGGGGCAAGCCGUACCACAUUAUAUAUAUAUAUAUUGAGGGCGUUAUACUUGUAAAGGUCAGGGUGAAAAGGGCGUUUAGUGAAGCAACCAUUAGGUAAAAAAUAAAUAAAAUAAUAUCACCACCAACAAAAAACAAACAAACAAACAAACAAAAGAUUGAUUCUCGUCUGUAUCGAGGAAAGCUUAUAUUUCGUUAUUAAAUCUGAGUAUUUUGUUGUUCAAACUUUCAGGCUCAUGACGUUGCUGUGUCCUGCUCCAAUCCUGGACCAAACCCACUGGUGACAUACAUCUCUGGCGUUGCUGUCGAGGUUAACAGGGAAACCCCUGCACCAUUGCAGAGACUAACUGGAAUGUUUGAGACCACACACUGCCAGAUCCGUAUGUUUUAUUUUCUUCGCGAUUUCCAAUUCUAUUCGACAUAUGACAAGAGGUGUGGCUAAAACAAUGACAGAAUAUUGGGGACAGCUAAAUGAUUUCUUUUACUCUAUGCAACAAAAUUGAUCCAAUCUUAAACAAUGUUUGAACACUAACUACAACGCGUUCAUUAAGUACAAUACUUUCAUUAAAUUCAACAUUUUCAUUACCUACAACAUUUUCAUUACCUACAACAUUUUCAUUACCUACAACAUUUUCAUUACGUACAACAUUUUCAUUACCUACAACAUUUUCAUUACCUGCAACAUUUUCAUUACCUACAACAUUUUCAUUACCUACAACAUUUUCAUUACCUACAACAUUUUCAUUACCUACAACAUUUUCAUUAACUCAAACAUUUUAAUUACCUACAACAUUUUCAUUGCCUACAACAUUUUCAUUACCAACAACAUUUUCAUUACCUACAACAUUUUCAUUACCUACAACAUUUUCAUUGCCUACAACAUUUUCAUUGCCUACAACAUUUUCAUUGCCUACAACAUUUUCAUUACCUACAACAUUUUCAUUACCUACAACAUUUUCAUUACCUACAACAUUUUCAUUACCUACAACAUUUUCAUUACCUACAACAUUUUCAUUACCUACAACAUUUUCAUUACCUACAACAUUUUCAUUACCUACAACACUUUCAAUCUACUUGUCCGCGUCAUUUGAAAUUGACACAAAUAUACUUUUGGAUUAACACUGUCACUCCCAUUUUAAACAAAUAAAUCAGACAAGACUUGAUCAAUCAAUGUUUUUGACGAUAAAAUUUGAAGAUGACUUUUGUUUGAUGGAUGUUGAUAGUAUUAAUUGACCCCACUUAUUAUAAAAAAAGUAUUCAAUAUUUGGUUAAUUUUAAAUGUGAUAUUUUUGUAUGACGAUUUUAAAGUACUGUUAGGGUUCUUAAACAUGGACGUAUGCUUUCUUUAUAAAAUGGGUUCCAUAUAGUUAUAGUUAUGUCUAACUUAAACAAAAGAUUAUGCUAGAUUCAUUAGCAUAAAGAUUCAUUGGGAUGAACAUGUUUUAGAUAUGCACCUUUUAGACAUUCUAAAUUGAACAUGCCAUAAAUAACUUAUUACAUUAUUUCUUUCUUUAUUUAAAAAAAAUAGCAAACCCAAACAUCAGGCUCCACGGUGUUGAAGGGAGGAAAGGAAUGGGCUAUGUCCAGGUCAAUGUCAACGGUGUCUGGCAGUACAUUUGUGAUGACAAGUGGAGCGAGAACGAUGCUAAAGUUGUCUGCAAGGAGCUUUGCUACAAGUAAAUAUUGAAUACUUUUAUUAUGUGUAAGAUACAUGCAUAAGCUGAUAGGCAAGAUUCUAUAUAUAAUUUUAUUUAAUCUAAUACAAACAAUUGGUUCAAUGUAACAUAACAAGUUAGUUAACAAUAUCAGUAUUUCUAAAAUAUAUAAUUUGGCUCAAAAAGUGACAUAAAGCUACUUGUAACAUGACUAACUAUUUGGAUAUUAUUACUCUUAUUUAAAUGAGAGUAAUAUGAUUUUACUGCAAAUUAAUAGUUGUGUGUGGUUUAGGUGGGGUAUGUGUAGCAUAUGAGAGUGUUGUAAAAUAAGCAAAAUAUGGCCUUAAUUAUGUGAUGGCUCUUCUUUUAAUUAGUUCAUACCAAGUGAAACAUUAUUUUAUUCUGUAGUGAACCAACCUGUGCCCGCCCUGGAGUAGAGAAUGAGUAUAAACCUUACUUAGAUCAAACAGCCACAUUUGCAUGGAACAGAGUUCAGUGCACAGGAGAUGAGAGCAAUUUAAUUGAUUGCGUCAAGAACAACACCACACCACAAGGAGAAUGUGGUCAACAUGAGCUGGCUGGGGUACAGUGUGUUGUGCCAACUGAGAUUCCUCCUGGUAAUCUUAAGCAUGUUUUAUUUAAGCUUUUAAUGAGUUUCUGUACAGUGGCGUCAGACAGGGGGGUGGUCCAUUAGAGAGGGAUGGGGGCAACUUUAAACUAAACGUUUCUUAAGUGUAAAACCAUAUAUAUGUAUAAUUCACCAGAAAAUGUCAAAAACAACCACGCAGGCUAUAUAUAGAUACGGCAGAGUGUGGUUAAAUAAUGAGUUCACUAGCGCGCAAAAUAUAAUUCCUGAUAGCUACGCUAUAUAUGAUAUCUUCACAACUCUGAUGCAGUCUCAGCUCCGUUGGAUGGGACACGUAGCCCGUAUGGAAGACCACCGGCUCCCGAGACAAUUAUUCUUCGGAGAACUCACGACAGGCAAGCGCUCCCAAGGAGGUCAAAAAAAGCGUUACAAAGACUCACUGAAAGUGGCACUAAAGGCCUUCAGCAUAAACCCUACUCAAUGGGUGCAGACAGCCCAGGGCAGAGCCAGGUGCAGAGCUGCUGUCAAGAAAGGGGGCUAAAUCCCGUGAAGCUAAUAGAAUAACAACAGCUGAGACACGCAGGCUUGUCCGAAAGAGCUACAUUAGGUCAUCGUCUGAAGCAACUAUUCCAUGGCCACGGUGUCAUAGAUUAUUCCGAGCAAGGAUCGGUCUAGCAAGCCACCUACGAGCUCACCGUUAUCCCAACCUCCCCUAACCGGCUGACUCGAUGGUCCUAGUCGAUUUCGAUGGACGAAAUACAAGAACAAGAAUAUAUAUAUUUUUAAUAACGCAAUUGCGUUUGGUGCGUAAUAUUUUCUUUUCGGAAAUGAAAUCGUCUCAAUUUAAGUAUAGUGUAAAAAAAAUAUUAAUAUUCGAUUUAAAAUUGGUUGGGACAUGAGAAUAUUAAUAUAGGUCAUGGGCGUGAAAUAAAAAGUGUGCAGUGACGUAUUAUGGGGAAGGGGUGUAUCAAAUAUUGAUAUUCUUUUAAAUGUGCGUAACUUGAGUUCAUGUUUUGUCACGUAACUUUACUUGAUGGGAAGUUCACACAUUGCUGUCGCCAAUGUUUGGCGGGCUAUAUGUAGGUUCAUAAAAUUUGUUGAUCUCGAACAUGGCCUAGCUACGCAUUAAUGACACGGACUUCACAAAUAAAAUAAGACGUUUAUAAGUCCGAUUGUGAGCUGCUCGCCACUUAAAAGUUAUACAGGUAACCUUAGUGUGUGUUACUUUCCUUGACACAGCUAUGAACGCUGAACUGGAUUGUGCCAACCUCAACGGAGAUAUCGUCCUUAACUUCACACGUAAUAACUUCCCUAACGAAAACGCCAGCAGCAUUAGGAUCGCCAACGUCCCCGCGGGCUGCUCCACACGAGCUCAGAGAGACUCGCAAAGGGAUCUUUACUUUUUGAGAAUCCCGACAGAAGGUUGUGGUACAGUCAAGACUGUGAGUGUUUGGUUGUAGCUUGUAAUCUUUAGUUUAGACAUUCCUUACAUUGUAAGAUUUGAGCUAUAAGAAGAACACACGAUUUGACCUGAAUGUUUUAUUAAUUGUAUAACUCACUUUCUUUGACGCUGAUGCUUGAUUGACAUAUAUGAUUAAAUGAUAUCAUUUUAAGAUGCUGUACAUUCUUAAAUUAUUUUAUAAAUAUACGCUAAUUUUUGUGUUGAUUAAUGUAAAUCUGAGAAAAAAAGAGAAUGUAACUUUGAAUGUUAACCAAUGUGCUAUCUACAGGACAAUGGUUCCCAAAUCUGCUACAAAAACACAGUGGAGUAUGAAAAUGAAGUUUCUAGAGGCAAUGUUCUGUUUGACUACAAGAAGAAAACGUAAGUCUUUUGUUGGCUUAUGUAGGCCAUAAGCAAACAUUGUUUACUUAAAGUUAGCAUAUCUUAUUCAAUAUGUUUAUAUAUCUGGUGUGGUCAGUCUAGUAACGUUACCGAUAGUUAAAAAAAAGAGGAGGAGGGUUAUUGAUCCUAGAAAAAAAAGAACAUCUCUACCAUACAAAACAUGGCAAUGCUUGUAAUCAGCUAAUUAAUCAGCUAAGUAGUUAGCUAUGAACCAGGCUAAGUAACCAGCUCAAUACACAGCUCAAUAAAUAGCUAAGUAACCAGUAAAGUAACCAUCUAAGUACCAGCUAAAUAACAAGCUUAGUCAUCUGCGAAGUAACCAGAUAAUUAACCAGACAAGUAACAUGCUAAGUAACCAGCAAAGUAACCAGCUAAGUAAACAAUUAUGUAACCUGAUAAGUAACCAGCUAUAUAAACAGCUAAGUUAACGACUAUGUAACCAUCUACGUAACCAGCUAAGUAGCCAGCUAAAUAACCAGCUAAGUAACCAGCUAAGUAGUCAGCUAAAUAAACAGCUAAGCAAUCAGCUUAGUAACCAGCUAACUAUCUAGCUAAGUAGCCAGCUAAGUAACCAUCCAAAUAACCAUCUAAGUAGCCAGCUAAGUAACCAUCUAAGUAACCAGAUAAGUAACCAGCUAAGUAACCAGCUUAGUAACCAGCUAAGUAACCAGCUUAGUAACCAGCUAACUAACUAGCUAAGUAGCCAGCUAAGUAACCGUCUAAGUAAUCAGUAAAUAGACAGCUAAGUAACCAGAUAAUUAACCAGCUAAAUAACCAACUAAGUAACCAGCUAAGUAACCAGCUAAGCAACCAGCUAAGUAACCAGCUAAGUAAUGGCCAUCAUUCUAAAUAAGAAACGAACGAAUAACAAUAACAAUAAAAAUAUAAACAAAUAAAAAUAUCAGUCACUGGAAAACUAAAAAGAGUAAUCGACUAUUAUUGCAUUCGAAUUAAAUGAACUUAUUUUUCAAAUACAUUGUUUGUUUCAUUGUGUAUCAGUAAAUGAGGCUGACUUCGUGAUUUAUCUCUACCUAUGCCAUCCACCAUCUUCCCAUAGAAAAUGUAAAAUAAAAUAUUUUCUUUUAUUUUUCCCAACUCAGCUUCUCAGUAAGCUGCUGUAUGCCAACUGACAAGGACAUCAGCAUUAAGUUCAUCCCCCGGACCCAGGAGUACGCCCAAAGCAUCAGUCAUAACUUUGACUACGUGGUAAGCUUUCAAAGCUGUAAUAUAAAGUCUUUCAUUGUUAGUCUACUAUACUUAUGCAAGUACGGUUUAGAAUUCCACAAGACAUAUUAUUCAAAAGAAAUUGCAUUUCAUAAUAGAGGGCUAAGUGUAAAACUUUAUGUUGUAAAGAGUAAGACUGUUAAAAUGUAUUAAAUUACUAGCAAAAUACCCGCGCUUCGCAGUGGAUAGCCUUUUUUUUUAAAAAAAAAGGUAAGAAAUUAUCAAGUAUCCGCAGAUACCGGGGACUUUACAAUACAUUCCCUUUGAGAAAACCAAUCCUGCGUCAAAUAAUGGCAACUUUUUGUAGGGUCUGUCCUUGGGACCCCGAUCCUGGUAAGACCCCAAUUCUAAUGAGGCCCAAUCCCAUUCUGAACCCAAUGAUUUUUCCCGGUGUAAUCCCGUUCCCGGUGGGAUUCUAUUUUGUUGUGGUUCCGGAUCCAGGGGGAAUCCAGAUCCUGUUGUGAUCCCGAUCCCAUCGGUGUCUUGAUCCCAAUGGGCUACUGAUCUCAGUGGUUCCAGAUGGGCUACCCAUCCCGUUAGGAUACUAUUCUCUGUGGGAUCUCGUUCCACCUAGGUUCUCUCUUUUCCGAUGUUAUCCCGUUUACUGCUAGGAUACUGUUCCUGGUUUGAUCCCGUUACCCGAUGGGAUCUCGAUACCAAAGAAGGGUAUUACUAUUAAGCUAGGCCUAGAUCAACCUAUUCAUAUAGAACCUAAAGUGUUGUCUAGCCCUAUUGAUAUUUAUACAACUUAUAAUAGGAAAAAUUAAAUUGGGCCCGGCCCCAAAAGGAUAGAUACAAUGUGUUAAGUACCCUUCGGUAUUUGAAUAGGGAUAUUCAAGGGUAUGUGUAUUAACUUUGGUCAAGUUUCAUCUAUUCAUGUAGCAGUAAUUUGUUGAUCAUUUUAUUUAUAGAGCUCGCAUUGAAAAAAAACAACACAUUUUGGGCCCCCGCCCCCAAACGGUAUAGAUUUUCGAAAUGAAACCUACUUAAGUUUUGUAAAUAGGCCGUAAGGAAUAAGCCUGCCACAUUUCAUGAUCCAUAUCUACAGGGGAAGUUGGAGAAUUAGUGAGUGAAUGAGUGAGUGAGGGCUUUGCCUUUUAUCAGUAUAGAUUUCUGCAUUUGGUUAACAUACCUGAUUCCUUCUACUGGAUUUUUUACGAUAGCUUUUUAUUAUCAAAAAAGUUAUCAAAAUUUUACAUAAGUUCAUGUUUAAUUUAAAUUUAAGAAUUGAAAAAAAUGUCUUAACUAUUAUGUCCUGGAAAGAGUGCAAAACUCAUUAUGUCUUGACAGAUAUCUAAAUAUAGUCCUAUGUCUUGGCAAACCUUUUAAGGUAAUACCUAUGUCUUGACAGACAUCUCAAUAUGCACCUACGUCUUAGCUGACAUAUUAAAGCAGUACCUAUUGCUCUUUCCUCAACAGCCUGAGAUCAGCUUCUACCAGAACGAGAGAUGCGAUGAAAAAAUCACUCAAAACCCUUACGCCGUGCAGGUCGGCGAUUGGGUGUACAUUGGUGUCAGUGUCAAUGCCAAUAACGAGUCCCUGUUCAGAGACAGCGAUCUGAAGCUGGUUGUCACACGUUGUACCGCCAACCCAAUCAAUGGCGUGGAUAACGGGCCUAAGCCCUUCGAUAACGUGACACUUAUUGACAACAAGUAUGUGGCUGUAGGAUCAUUUCAAUAAAUAAGGAAGCCUCUGAGCAGAUACACAUACAGACAAACACAAAGAUAUAGCCUAAACGUAAUUUAGAAAUAAAUACAAUUAUUUACCAUUUCAAUUAAAGGUCAGUCAAUAUGUUCCCUUUUAUAGGGGAAGAAUCCCUCAAACAAAUUUGUAAUAUCAAACAGUUUCACAAAAAUAAACACGUUUUCAAGCACUAACUACUGGUGUUGAUGUUUAAAAAAUAUUAGCAAUUAUUUUGUUAACACAAACACACAGCUGCAACUGUUGUUAAACGCAUGAUUCCUAAUAGGAAAUUAUUCUUUUAUUUAAAUUCAUUGCUUCCAAAUCCAAGUUUCUUUAAACAUAGGUACACGAUUUGUUAUUCGAGAAUUAAAUUAAUUUUAAUUGAUCAGUAUCCAUUCCCCCCCCCCCCCUUUUUUUUUUAAAAACACACUAACCACACUUAAAAAAAGGAACCAAUGAGCUGCGAAGCUAAGUUAGCUCAUUGAUGUUAUAAAUAAUUCACUGCCGACAUUUUAUUAAUAUUAACUUACCAUUGGUAGAUCACUGUUCUGUUAUCAGAACCAGAUAUAAACGAACAAACAUUGUGAUUUUAGAAAUUUCUAAAUAAAGGCCAUUUGGGUAUAAUCUAUUGUUGUUGUUUUUUUUAAAUGAUGCACGAGAUUAAGUUAAGAAAUCACAAUUUUGAUAUCAUUAAUUAAAUAUGUGCUCAAUUGAAUUUUAAUUAUUGAAAAUAAUGCUCGAUAUCAUUUAAACCAUUUAAACACAUGUUCAUUAAUUUAGCAGAUAUCUGUUUCAUUUCAUGACUCUAGGUUCUAUAAUUUCAGUUUUCUUGAUAAUUUUUAUCGAGUUACCAAACUCUGUACAUUGUUUUUGUAAGAAGUAUAGUUAGCACCAUUUCACAAUAAUUGUUGUUAAAAAAAUAGCAACGGCAAUGUCACCACUGUUAAAACAAUAAAAGUUAUCUCUACUUCACCAUUGUUGUAACAAAUAAAGUUCUCAUUAUGUCACCAUUGUUGUAAGAAGUAUAGCUAGUUAAAAAUUUCUUUGUUUUUUCUCCCCCUGUAGGUGUCCAUCUGAUCUGGCCAGUGUCACCACCUACCCCAUCAGCAACACCACUGAAGGUUUUCGAUUCAGAGCUUUCAAAUUCUUCGGUUACUCCUCUGUCUACGUCACGUGUCACCUGCGUGUCUGUUUGUCUACUGAACGCAAGCCCGACUGUGAUAGGUGAGAGUUGUAAAACAUAUGCUAAUAAUGAUAUAAUGAUUUUAUAUGGUUUCAAAGAUAAAAACAUUGAUAGUGAAUGUAUUUUUUUAGUUUUUAUUAUUAUUAAAGACCCCUCACCAUUUUAAAGAAAUGUUGUAUUCAUAAAUAUCUGGCUUCUAAUAUCAAAUUGUAUUUAAAAUUUGUAAUAUUAAAGAUUUAAACGUAUCAUAGUGAGUUACAUUCGAAAUUGUGAAGACAAAAAAUUAAUAUUAUAAACUGAAUGAUAGCGUCUAUUGGCAUGGGCGCCUGCAGGUAGGGGCAAGGGGGGCACUUGCCCCCCCACCCCGGAUUGAUUGGAUAAAGCAAUUUUAGACAAAAAUAGAUAAAAAAUGUAUUAAAGUAAAGAGAAAAUAAAGAGAAAGUAACUAAGCUGAUGUCCUGUCCGUUCGAUCACCAUACAAAUACGCUACAGUAAAUUAAAACUAUAUUAAAACAUUACUAAAAAUUGUUUGCCCCCCCCCCUGGAAAGUUAAUCGAUUUUUUUUUUUUUUCCCCCCCCCCCCCCUUUAGAAAUUUUUCUGCGGGCGCCCAUGUCUAUUGGUAUAGUUAAUGUACAUUUCAUAUUUUUCAUGUCUCUAUUGAACACUAUCUAAUUAUUGAUCUAUUUUGUUAAUUAUUUUUUCUCUCUCCCUAGAUCAUGCGCUCAAAAUAACAUCGGACGUAAGAGGCGUAAUUUGGCUGAUGAAGUCACUGGACUGGACACAGUUGUCUCCCAAAUUCUACAGAUCACCGACCCCAAGCAGCCCCCAGUGAACGCACUUCCAGCCCAGUCACACGAAGACAGAACCGCUGAAAGCAUCAAUCCACGUUUUCUUAAGCCUUAAAAUCAACGGUCAAUGUCAAGGCUGACCUAGAUAUUUAUAGCUAGUGUUUCUUGGAAUGCGCCAGUUCGGAGCAUGAUUCUUGUUGAAGAGAUUUUAAGCUUGUCACAUGUAAAAUAUCCGUCUAAUAUCUAUAAUUCAAUUGUUACUAAAUACACAGAAAAAUAAAGAUAUCUAAAAUACCAAUUCAAGCUAAUAAUAUUUUGAAUUAUUUUCACCUUUAAGAAUAAAUUUUUAAGAUGGUUAACAUUUGAAGAAUAAUAAUCCUAUUGUUAUUGAAUUUUAAUACAUAUUAAAUAAACCCAGCUUUAAAAUGAAAUGUUUACAUAUAUUUUCUAUUUAUAAAAUAUGGGAUGUCACACUUACCUAUAAAUGUUAUACAUCAACAACACUGUAUUUAGCACCACCAUUUCGAUAACAAAGUAUUUGUAUUUUUUAAUUUAAUAAAGUAGUGAACACAAAAAAAAAAUAUAUCGUUGCGAAUACCCAGAAGAAUAUAUGUAUAUAUACAUAUUAAACAAUCAUAUUCAUUUGACUUUGUAUCACAAAAGAAACCAAACCUGUAACAGUAACCAUGGAAACCAUCGCUCCUGAACAAUGUUUUGUCCACAAAUGAAGCACUGUGAAUAAAGAUUAGAAGCAUU